CUGCAGGGACGUCUCCCGGCUCAGUGACGCUUCGGCCGCCUCCACGCCCAGGUCCGAGCCCUGCGGGGCGGGAGGGGGCGUGCGGUCAGGCAAUAGGAAACCGAGGGAGUUGCAAGCUUCCCGUCGGGCAUCAGCUACCCGGCUCCCCGCCCUGCCUGGUGCAUUUCCCGGACACGUCCCGCGCCGCCACCUGUGGCCCCCGGAGCCCCCCCCCGCGCCGGCCAUGCCUCUAUACCGCAGUUUGUCCGUGUCCUCACUGCCAGGACUGGAGGAGUGGGAGGAUGAGUUCGACUUGGAGAACACGGUGCUCUUCGAGGUGGCCUGGGAGGUGGCCAACAAGGGUGAGCGCGCCACGCGCCCCGGCCCCGCACGGGAAGGGCAGUCGGGGAUGGAAGCCCGGAGCUCGGAGUCGAGGGGGACGGGGCUCGGUGACGCGACUCUUGGGUCCCGGACAAGGAACCUGUGACUCCUGUGUCCUUGGGGAGGGCCUGGAGGGUAUCUGUCCCCUUGGGGCUGGUCCUUAGCGGGAGGGGAUGGGUCGCCCGACUGUUUAGAGGAAAGUAGAGGUUGGAGGCCCAGGUCCCGAGUCCUGGAAGGGAAGGAGCUGAAAGGAAAGAUUCCUAAGCCCUGGACGGUCGUGUCUGAGAGAUCGGAGACCUGGGUCCUGAGCCCAGAGGGGGGCUGGGGCUUCUGAGUGCAAACCUGGGAGGCGCCUGGGGUUUCAGACUGAGGUUCUCAGGGGAGAGGCCGAGGCCCUGUAACUCAGGCUUGGGGGAGAGUGGGCUGGAAGAUGAUUGAAUCCUGGGAAUAGGAUCCAGGGAAGUGGCUCCUUGGGAGUAAAGAUGGGAAGGGGGUGGAAACCCCAUUUCUUGGGUCCUAGGUUCUGAAGGAGCCAAGCGCCUGAGCUGUCGGUUCCUAGGAGUAGGGGAGCCUGCGGGCCUUGGGUACAUGCGUACUGGGGUGGGGGAGGCUGGGCCCUAGGAUGGGAGUGGCUGAGGGACUGGCAUUCUGUGUCUCCCGCUUCGAAGGGCCUGAGGUUCUGGGUUUGGAGAAGUUUGGGGCUGGAAUUCUAGGAGCUAGGCCAUUUUGCUCCUCAGAAGGGAGGGAGCUGGGGGUUUCCUUUGCUGGAUCUUGGAGGAGAAAGGGACUGAGUGUCCCACAUCACGGGACAGGCUGGAUUGUGAGAAACUGGGCUCCUGGGCCAAGGCAGAGACUGGGUCUGGGGUGGAGUCAUGGGAGGGGCAGGGCCUCCCGGCGAGGAGACCAGGGGACAGGUCGGCAGGGUCCCUGGGGCUUGGGGAAUGACAAUUCAGGCUUCUCUUGGGCAACGUGGGAAGUUGAACUGGGCCAUGAAGAUGGAUUCUCAGGAACCCUGAGUCCUGGAAUCCUCAGUCUUUGUCAUCCUUGGGCCCCAGUCCCCUCCUCCCUCAGACGCAGGAGUGCGAGUCCCCGGCUUCCUCCUCCCUCAGACCCAGGAAUCCUGAACCCCAGCCCCUUCCUCCCUCAGAGCCAGGAGCCCAGCCAUCCACCCGCUUCUUCCCUUCACCCCUGCCUCCAGCCCCCCGCCCCUGCCCCAGGGAUCUGCUCCCACCCCUUGCCUGCAUCCCUGCCCCAUCCCAGGCCCCAGACCCCCGGACCUCUUUGGGGGCCCAGCCCUCAUGAUCUUGGGCCCACAGUGGGCGGCAUCUACACGGUGCUGCAGACGAAGUCAAAGGUGACAGGGGAUGAGUGGGGCGACAACUACUUCCUGGUGGGGCCAUAUACGGAGCAGGGGGUGAGGACCCAGGUGGAGCUGCUGGAGGCCCCCACGCCAGCCCUGAAGAGGACCCUGGACUCCAUGAACAGCAAGGGCUGCAAGGUGUAUUUUGGGCGCUGGCUGAUCGAAGGUGGCCCCCUUGUGGUGCUCUUGGACGUGGGGGCCUCUGCCUGGGCCCUGGAACGCUGGAAGGGGGAGCUCUGGGACACCUGCAACAUCGGGGUGCCCUGGUACGACCGCGAGGCCAAUGACGCCGUCCUCUUUGGCUUCCUCGUCACCUGGUUCCUGGGUGAGUUCCUGGCGCAGAGUGACGAGAAGCCACACGUGGUCGCACACUUCCACGAGUGGCUGUCGGGUGUGGGGCUCUGCCUGUGCCGGGCCCGGCGGCUGCCCGUGGCCACCAUCUUCACCACCCACGCCACGCUGCUGGGGCGUUACCUGUGCGCCGGGGCCGUGGACUUCUACAACAACCUGGAGAAUUUCAACGUGGACAAGGAGGCCGGGGACAGGCAAAUCUACCACCGCUACUGCAUGGAGCGGGCGGCGGCCCACUGUGCUCACGUCUUCACCACCGUGUCCCAGAUCACAGCCAUCGAGGCGCAGCACCUGCUCAAGAGGAUACCAGAUAUCGUGACCCCCAACGGACUGAAUGUGAAGAAGUUCUCUGCCAUGCACGAGUUCCAGAAUCUCCAUGCUCAGAGCAAGGCUCGGAUCCAGGAGUUUGUGCGGGGCCAUUUUUAUGGGCACUUAGACUUCAGCUUGGACAAGACCUUGUAUUUCUUCAUCGCCGGCCGUUAUGAGUUCUCCAACAAGGGGGCCGAUGUCUUCCUGGAGGCCUUGGCCAGGCUCAACUAUCUGCUCAGAGUGAACGGCAGUGAGCAGACGGUGGUCGCCUUCUUCAUCAUGCCAGCUCGGACCAACAACUUCAAUGUGGAAACCCUCAAGGGCCAAGCCGUUCGCAAGCAGCUUUGGGACACGGCCAACACAGUGAAGGAGAAGUUUGGGAGGAAGCUUUACGAGUCCUUGCUGGUGGGGAGCCUCCCAGACAUGAACAAGAUGCUGGACAAGGAGGACUUCACAAUGAUGAAGAGGGCCAUCUUUGCCACGCAGCGGCAGUCGUUCCCCCCGGUGUGCACCCACAAUAUGCUGGACGACUCCUCAGACCCUAUCCUGACCACCAUUCGCCGAAUUGGCCUCUUCAAUAGCAGUGCUGACAGGGUCAAGGUGAUUUUCCACCCAGAGUUCCUUUCUUCCACGAGCCCCCUGCUCCCCGUGGACUAUGAGGAGUUUGUCCGUGGCUGCCACCUCGGGGUCUUCCCCUCCUACUAUGAACCUUGGGGUUACACACCAGCUGAGUGCACGGUCAUGGGCAUCCCCAGUAUUUCCACCAACCUCUCCGGCUUCGGCUGCUUCAUGGAGGAGCACAUCGCAGACCCCUCGGCGUACGGCAUCUACAUUCUGGACCGGCGGUUCCGCAGCCUGGACGACUCGUGCUCGCAGCUCACCUCCUUCCUCUACAGCUUCUGCCAGCAGAGCCGGCGGCAGCGCAUCAUCCAGCGCAAUCGCACGGAACGCCUCUCCGACCUUCUGGACUGGAAAUACCUAGGCCGGUACUACAUGUCGGCACGCCACAUGGCGCUGGCCAAGGCCUUUCCGGACCACUUCACCUACGAGCCCCACGAGGCGGACGCGACCCAGGGCUACCGCUACCCACGGCCGGCCUCGGUGCCGCCGUCGCCUUCGCUGUCGCGACACUCGAGCCCACACCAGAGCGAGGACGAGGAGGAGCCCCGGGACGGGCCGCCAGACGACGACAGCGAGCGCUACGACGAGGAUGAGGAGGCGGCCAAGGACCGGCGCAACAUCCGCGCCCCCGAGUGGCCGCGCCGCGCCUCCUGCACCUCUUCGAGCGGCGGGAGCAAGCGCAGCUCGGUGGACACGGCGCCCUCCAGCUCGCUCAGCACCCCCAGCGAGCCCCUCAGCCCCGCCAGCUCCCUGGGAGAGGAGCGCAACUAAGACCCCUGCCCCACACUCCUCCCAGCCCCCCGCCCCGGCCUCCCUCCUCCCAAGGGUGGAUGCACGCGGCGCUGUGCUUAGACCCCACUCCAGACCGCAGCCCCUUGUGGGGUCCACAGCCCCGCCCCCACUGCCAAACACUCCAGCCCCCCUAGGGCAGCGCUGACUCCCCACACUCCAGAAUCCAUAAUGUGGUGCCUUUCUCUGGUUCCAGAAUGCAUAAUGUGUGCCCUGGAGCCCACCCCACACACACAUGCCAGCCCUGCCAGGCUUGGCAGAGGUCUCAGAGGCCAGGAAUCUGCCAUUGUCCUGCAGUGCCAGAGGCUUCAGAAAAGCCAGCCUGCUGCCUUCCAAGCUGGGGCUUCUAGAGCCCUUUGUAGCUUGCAAAUUCUGGACCCUGCAGAGCAUGCCAUACCCCAGCCUGGCCUGGGAGUCACCAGAUGCUGGCACCUCCAUGGUGUCUCUGCUAAUGGGACAGUCCAGUUCGUAGCUGGGACAUUUUCAGGGACUUAACAAACCUGGAUGCAGAGGUCUUCCAUGUCAACCCCAGAACUCAGGCUCCAGGACAGGGCACGUGUUUACUCUGGUCUAGCCCCACCUGGGGUGUCCAGCUUUGUCUCCCCACCUCCAUCCCCUGCCUGUUUUGGUCCAGUGUCCACUCAGCUCCCACUGGCCCCCCCACACUUUGGCCAGGCAAGGAGUGGCGGAACCACUUGGCUCCUCAUUCCUGCUGGAGAAUGCUCAGGACCCCUUUCCAGCUUUUUCUGGACCAGAUCCUUAUCCUCCUUCCCUGCUCUCCCCAUUUUCUCCAGACUCCUGUGUCCUCUAGGAAAUCCCUCUGCUGAGGACAGAACUGACUGUCUUCCCUGAACAGCUCUGCCCACCAUGAAACCACUGAGUUCUAAGUGCCCCCUGCUGAGUCUAGAUCCUUAUCACUGUGUUCUGUCCCGAUUACCUUUCCCCUGAUCUAGAACCAAGCCCACUGGGUUCUAGAACCCCCACAUUUACCUCGAGGCUCUUCCAUCCCCGAGCUGUGUCCUACCCCCAGCUUUUGGUGAGGAGCCCUUCACGUGAGCUGAUGCACUGCUUGGUUUGCAGUUGGUGGAGUUGGGGGUAGAAAGGGUGUGAUUGGAGUGUGUUUCAGACAUGAAAAAAUACAUCUAUAUUUAAGGAUCCCAGGUCUUGUCCAGUAUGGGGGCUUCGUGGGUCUCUACAGGCCCCUUCUCUUGGUUUUAGAUCCUCCACCCCUCCCCCUGGUGCCUCUUCCCAUCCUGCUGUCCUGGAAAGACUGGGAUUGCUGUUCUGAAUUCCAGUGUUAUUUCAAGACAGGAAGGCACAGAUGUAGACUAUUUCCAUCAUGGCAAGAAGUUCUGAUGAACUGGCUUCACACAUCUUUUCAGGCCUCUGCUAUUCUCUGGAUGGCUCUAUUUUUCAAGAAAAAAAGAAAACCAUUUUCCUUAUAGUUCUAGUCUUCCCCAGGCCAUGGUGCUUCUCUGCACAUCCUCACCACUGAGGGAAGCAGGAAGCUUUGAAGGGCGGGUUUUAGAUCCUGUGUGAUCAUCCCUUCUGGGAGAAACACAGAAGCCCCCACCCCCCAAGUCACAUGGGCAGCUGCCAGAACGCAGGGACAGCAGGAGGGCAUGAUGUUAGGCAAACCGGUCUCUGGCAGUCACUUCCUCUCUAGAUUCUUCUACCAAAAACGGAAGGCCUGGGGGUCAGAGCUGACACAGUAGUUUUGUUGCUUGCACAGGAAGGUGCUGCUGCAUCAAGCUGCUUUGGUUGUCAUUUGGAAUCUUGUUUCACAUCCCGUUUCUGUACUGAGCCCCCAAACCCCUGCUCAGUGCUUCUGGUGCAUCACAGACUCCCAGCUGCUCACAUCCAUUCAACAAAGUUUUUGCCAUCUAAUAAGUGCUUUGCAUUGUCAA